AUGAAUGAACGUCGGAAAUCUGAAAGCCGAAUGCAUCACAACGUCGGAAAUCAGACGAAUGUUGGUGUGCCGUCGCUACACGAGAUCCUGAGGGCGUCUCGACAACAACGAACCAAUCCGAGCGACGAUGCGGCUUCUUGCCACCAUGUUGAAUCAACCAUCUAUACCGCUUUCAAACUGGACCGCAAUUUGGUUGCCAUAUCAGCUGUGGGUUCUGUAUAG